AUGUCCUUCGUCAAAAGAAACACCGUCCUAUCCUCACCGAGAGCCGGACUCACGCCGUCCGCUCCCCAGCAGCAGCAACCCAAACAGGAAACGCAGCUUGCGCCGGGUCUUCGACCAUCACCAACUGAUGGCAGGUUGACCACUUCAACUGGCACUGCUUCCCUGGACCAACUUCUUGCAGGACACGGUGGACUCCCCUUAGGAACAUGCUUACUGGUUGAGGAGCAAGGGACCACCGACUUCUCUGGAAUUCUUCUACGGUACUAUGCUGCCGAGGGUCUCGUCCAAGGGCAUCAGGUUCACGCAGUAGCCUUUCCGCCAGAAUGGAGGCAUCAGCUUCCAGGGCUGGCUUCACCUGACAAGAAGUCAAAGAGUGCAUCACCGGCGCCGGCACCCGAAGAGAAGAUGAAGAUUGCGUGGAGAUAUGAGUCCUUGGGUAACAACGCCAAUGCAGGAGCUUCUGCUCGUGGGGAUUCUGGAGCGCCUUUCUGUCACUCCUUUGAUCUCAGCAAGAGGCUUGCCAGCUCCGAGUCCAAGGGUACUCUGAACCCGAUUUCAGUUGGCGGUUCCCCGAGCUUAGACCGGAAAAGUGUUGGGACAGCUUCUCCUCUGAAGAUGCUUCUCAAGCAAUUGCGGGCCAAGUUGGAGAGCUCAGGAUCAAACGCCAUUCAUAGACUGGUGGUGCCCAGUCUCCUCUCACCAACCCUCUAUCCUCCUGGAUGCGCCCAACCAUCAGAGGUUCUACAGUUUCUACAUGGGCUCCGGGCUCUCCUUCGACUGUACAGCACCCAGCUCACAGCAAUCAUUACCUUCCCGACGUCCUUAUUCCCUCGCAGUUCAGGCCUGGUCCGGUGGAUAGAAAUUCUUUGUGACGGCGUCGUCGAGCUCAUCCCCUUGCCUGCCAGGCUAGGUGCCGCGCCACCGCCGCCCUCAAGGUCGGAUCCCAAGGCAAACGAGCAACCCCAGGGUAUGUUCAAAGUAUACACACUGCCUGUGUAUCAUGAGAAGGGUGGUGGAGGAGCAGAGUCGGGCCAAUUCCGUGAGAACCUGUCAUUCAGCUUGAGCGCAUCCAAGGGCUUGGUGAUCAAACCGUACAGUCUCCCGCCUAUGCUCGAGGAUGAGCAGGAGAAGCCCUCAGCUGCUCCAAAGAAGGAUGGGCUUGAUUUCUAAAGUCAUCUUCCGCUUGGCAAUUUAACGGCUUGUUUUUUUGCAAAUAACCGACUUUUUUUGGCCCCCUUUUGGCAGUCUCAUCAUAUGUUCAGGUGAGCUUCUUGAUCAUCAUUGAAACUCCCGUCUCUUUACUUGCCCAGGUAUUGGGCACGCUGUAAGUCCACUCGAGCCACUGAAACCAUUGGUGGACGCCCGCCUGGAGCUACCUACGGGCGUACAGCAACACCUGGGGUGGAGCUCAAGGAAAAUGUGUGGGGUCGUGGACUCACCGCCCAAAUUUCCGCCGUUUUCUGCCACGGCGCGAUAAAAGCCCACGCACCUCCGCCCAGAAGUUUCCCACUUUCUCUCCUCGUGUCGUCGUGUCCAACAACAGCAUUUUUGG